AAUCCUAUGAGAUGCGAACAAUACCAUUUCUGCAUCUUAUCCGCUGAUCUCGCCUGUUUUGUGUUCCUGGGAGUAAAAAGCCUUUAUUACAACGUGGAGCAAACAGGUCGCAUCGCUACUACUGUGCAGACGCGGGCACUCUCCUACGCCUCCAGUCUCCCCCUGGCGUCCAUUGGUCCGCUGAGCAUCUUCAGCACCACGCAGGCUGAACAGCGACACAGAGCCGCGCAGCGUUCGUCGAAUGAGGAUGCGGCGCGGCGUUCGCUGCUCCACACGGUUACUAUGACACCGUCGAUCCGGGUUCGUCGCCGCUUCAUCGCGCUACAGGAGAUGUGUGAAUUUGCCGCGCGCCGCCUGGAUCGCCGUCUCAGUCUGCGAGGGGAAGCUGCCUUCUGAUCCCCGAUGCCCGGGCUCGCGGGGCUCGCCUGUUUCACCCGGCUUCCCUCUCGUCGAGUCGACAGACAUGACGGACCGUAACGCCGCCGCCCGGGCCACAGGCAGCACCGACCUCCCAUGCCCAGUGCCGCAUCAACAAGCCUCGCCGCACGACCACCGGGUCCCCCUGCCGGCGCCCCGGUGCGCGCCGGUCCCGCGACGCCUCCUGUGACAUGACAGCUCGGGGACGGAAGAAGAGGAUCAAAGGUUACGGGCAGGGGUUCGAGCAGGCGCACGGGCGGCGAGAGGGCACUCGGCGACAGACGCUCCGCUCUGUGUGAGCGGCGAGGACAGAAUCACGCGUUCAUUUUUUAUGUCAUAAUUAAUUAACCCCUGCAGGGUCUUUUUCGCCUGGCCCGGAGCCUCCGGGGAGAUUAGAGCGAGGAGCGGUGCCCCUGGAGCCGCUUGAUGGGUCGGGGGCCUGAACCCAGGUCCUGGACUCGACUGACCCUCGCGGGUCCCCUCUUGUGAUCACGCUGAAGCCUUAUUGUGGUUCAGAUUUCAGGCCUACGUCGUGGUAGCACCCACAUUUGCCUUACAGCCGUAUCUGAUGCACGGCCUCAUAGUGGUGAUACUGGUCGAGUCCCAGUCGGCUGUGCAGUUCUCCCGGCCCGUCAGGCUCACUUGGCUGCUGCUGACGAUCACCUUCACCUACACAGCCAUGGGCUGCAUCCAGAGCAUAGCCUGUAACAAGUCGCGCAUCAAGCGGGAGAACAUCGUGGUGUGCGACCUGUCCGCCACCAUCGACCACUGCCCGACCGUCAUCGAGGAGAACUCGCCCAUCGUGCUUCGGUACAAGACGCCGUAUUUCAAAGCCUUGGCGCGGAUUGUGAUGCCGCCCGUUGCGCGCAAUGAGACGUGGGUGGUGGGCUGGAUCCAGGCGUGCACUCAGAUGGAAUUCUACAACACCUAUGGAGACAUCGGAAUGUCCAGCUGGGAGCUGCCGCAGCUGCGGGAGGGUGUGGUGAGAGCCAUCAGCGACUCCGACGGCGUCAGCUACCCCUGGUACGGCAACACCACGGAGACCGUCACCAUCGCGGGCCCCACCUCCAAGCCCUCGCGCUUCGUCGUCAGCAUGAACGACAACUUCUACCCGAGCGUCACCUGGGCCGUGCCGGUCAGCGAAUCCAACACGCCCCUGCUGACCAACAUCAAAAGGGACCAGAGCUUCACCACGUGGCUCGUGGCGCUCAACACCGCGUCCAGGGAGAAGAUCCUGCUGCACACCAUCAAGUGGAGGAUGAGGGUGGAUAUCGCGGUGGACCCGUCCCAGCCCCUGGGCUCCCGGGCCAGGCUCAAGGGCCGGCUGCACCAGGACCAGCCCCGGGUGCUGACCCGCAUGGAGCCCAUCCCCCCCAACGCCACGGGGAGGCCCAACGCCAACGACGCCCAGGUCCUGAUGUGGCGGCCGAGGAGAGGGCCCCCGCUCGUGGUCAUCCCGCCCAAGUAGAGGUUGGCGAGAGCGCACGGCCGCUCCAGGGAAACGCAGCGGAUUCAUGGGUGAACGGGCGAAAGACAAAUUCUGAUGUGUGAUCAGGCUGAGGCUUAAAAACUGUCGAAGGCACAAAUCAGAGUAGCAGCCUUCUGCGUGUAAAGUCAUGAGGGGACAUCUGCCUUAAUUCCCCACCUGCCUUUGAUGAUGCAGAGUAAGUUUCUGCCUCUGGGGAGCUGUCGGGCAUUCAGGCUUUUACUGUUAUGAAGCCCCCCCCCCCCCCCCCCCCCCCCCCCCCCCCCCCACCACCACCACCACCACCGACGGGUCCGAGGCAAACCUGUACUGUAGCUACUCAGGCCCGGAAGGAGACAAAGACCUGUUUUAAAAAGGUUCUUCAGCCUUAACGAUGACAGAAUCGAGCCUGGUCUGUGCUGAGUGGGACCAAGGAGAGACCACGGGUCCCGCGGGUCCAAAGAAGACGGCGCCGCUGUGGGGUUUAUUCACAACCGGAACGUGUGAGUGUGGAUGUGCAGGCAUGUGUCCACAGCAUGAGUCUGUGGUUGCGUGUUUUCUAUAGUGGAGCCCAGGUUUGAGUCCAGGUUCGCUGCUUUGUCACCAGACUGCCUCACACACACACACACACACACACACACACACACACACACACACACACACACACACACACACACACACACACACACACACACACACACACACACACACACACAGUCAGGGUCUCAUUAGUGAUCAUAAAAGAAUAUGGACGAAGAUUGUCAUCACCCCCCCCCAACACCAGCGAUGCUUGUGUUGUCGACUGCUUUCUACACUAAAUCUGCUCUGAGGUUAGAGCGUUAGUAAUAACAGAGCAAGUCAGCCCUCAGUAGCUGCAGCACAACCUGAGCUACUGAUGAUGUAAAAGCAUAGUAGUCAGACAGAGAAGUUAGUCUUGUGACUAAAAUCUGAUCCUCGUUAAAAGAACGCAGCCUUUUCCUCCUUCUGCUUCUACAUAUGAGGAUUUUAGGGGGAUUUUGCUUGUGCAUCUUCUGUCUAUGGGUUUCCAACUGAUAGAAAUCCUGAUCACACACACACACACACACACACACACACACACACACACACACACACACACACACACACACACACACACACACACCAGUAUAGUCACAGUGACUAUGCUCAGAAUGUGUUUAUCAUGUUAACUCAUACUAGCUACUAAAACUCUUUGCAGUAGUUAAUUAAAUAUUCAAUAAAACAAACUAGGUGCAGAAGGUUACAUCUCUUAGGCACAUGCUGCUCAUAUGUCAGAUUAUCUACUUCUUUUAUUUCUAUUAUUUCUAUAAUUCCAUUGCCGUCCACUCAGGAGUCUGUCUGUCAGUGUUAUUUGUAUUUAAAAGAAGCCUAAAGAACUUCAUGCCAGUAUCACAACCUAAAGUAUCAGGAGGUUUAAUGGGCCCAGUGCCUGAAGCACAAAUCAAAGCUGAGGUCUGAAGGUCUCGUCUACGUGUUUCAGCCCUGAAGGUUCCACGUGCCCAUAGAGCAGCAGAGCGGUCCCAGUGCAGGGUCAUGUCUCCGUAUGAUUCACACAAACACAACAAUGACAAUGUAAAACUAUAUACUUGACCUCUAUUGCAAAUAUGUCAAAUCUUUCAUAAAUUGUGAACAAAUCUCGUUUUCUUAACGUUUUCUUUUAUUAACUAGAGGCUAUGAUGUGAGACGCAGGAUCCCAAAACAUGUGUGAUUUGGGUGAACUGAGCCUUUAGUGCAGUGUUGGGUCCUAGAGCCGCACAGUGUUUCUUUGUACGAGGGCAGAGUGCAGCUCAGCGGACGAUGCUGAACACGUUUUCCCAGCAGGUCUGUGUUGUGUUUCUGUUUGUAGCUCAGCACACAGUGGGCCAGUAAAACAGGUCGCACAGAACCGCUGAGCUGGUCCUCGCGAGGCAGAGAUGAAGAGAGACGCAGGAUGGAACCGAGCUCUUUAACCCAUGCUGCUGCUCUUUGCUGUAGGUGCGAGCCAGACAAGCCUUUGCACGCACGCACGCACGCACACACACACACACACACACAGCGCUACAGCCAUAAUCACCUGAAGGACUGUUCCUUACACACACACACACACACACACACACACACACACACACACACACACACACGUUGGCUGUUUAAACUAGAUGCUUACUGUAGCAGUGACAGUGCAGCGUGAAGCAAACAGCAUCCGAGAGCCCACGUCGACAAUCAAGGGAAACAUCUAGAGCAGCACUUUUAGCCGGGGGGACGUUCGCAGACCUUCGCUGGUCUGAGAUUUCAUCCAGAGAGUUGAGGCUUUUUCUAGAGCGAACGCGAAUAAAGUGUGAACAAAAUGCAUUUCUACUCGACCACAAGGUCCCACAGUCCGCUGUCUGUGUGUAUCAGGGCCUCAAGUGUCUUUUCCAGUAACAGAUGUGCCUGAGGGGAGAGCAGCACAGUCCUGCACGAGGAGCCGUGACUCGUUAACUCCUCCGUGGCUGGAGCUCCGUGACUCGAGAGCGGCGUUUUACAGUGUUUUAACAGGAGGACAACAAACGCGUUGCCGUCCUUUCCCUCAGACUGUCGGAAUUUUGCAUGCAGUGUUUUUAAAUGAAUUAAAAACAAAAUGUCAAACGUAGAA